AUGUCGCAAGCACGUAACAGAAACUUUAUACCCAAUACAGUAAAAUCAAAUGUAAGCUAUCCUAAUGCAGCGAGUAAUAGACAACCUUCUGCUGCUCCUUCAGCUAACCAAGAUUCAAAUCUUGCAACAGAACAGUAUGUUAAGUGCGAGAAGGCAAAUCCAGAUAUAAAGUUGGUUCAAUGUGACUUUAAUGCCAACCAUAGAGUAGAAGAACCAUGCAUUCAAUACCAUCACGAAAAUUGCCCAGAUCGCAAAAAAAUUGAAACGGCCUUUUACGUCGAUGAAAAAACUGAUCUCAAUAGGUAUCCAAUUCGUAAUACCUAUAUACCUUCUGAUGAAAAUUGGGAUGAUGAAAACGUCCCAACAUAUGAUCCUCAGAAAAAUUGCCUAAGCAAAGAAGUGAUCAGACACCUGGAUGUUGCAUCUGCAGCUAAGAAAAAGAACUUUCGUAUGGAGGAGCGACAAAGAAUGUCUCAAUUUACCAAUAAUAGUAACAUUAGACCCAUAAAAUCUGAUUUUUCAUCUCAAAAACUGGAAUUACCAGAAACUCGGCAAUUUUCUGGUGCUGGUGACGAAAAUACUCCAAAUUCAGUGGAACAAGUUCUUAUAAAAACUGCAACAGCUGUUGUACCAAGAAAAAAGAAAUUUUAAUUGUGAUCUUUUAUGUUUAUAAUGUAAAAAAUGUUUUUAUAUUUCCAGAUAAUGUGUAAAAUAUGUUUUGUAUUAAUAAAGUGAA